AUGGAUAAAUUGCGAAUAGAUUAUAUCAAAGGGAAGGGAACUGCAUUCAAUUAUUCCUAAAUUCUAUUUCAUUUGAUAUGCAGAUCCUUAGAAAUAAAAAAUAUGAUUAUUUCAAACUAACCCUUAACAUUCGGCCAUUUGUUUGAAAUUAUCAGCAAUGCAAGAAUAGAAAAACAAAGAUUUGAAUUUUCAAAAAAAUUAAAUGUUCCACAAUACUUAAAUUGA